AUGGAUACUUUCUCGCUUGGCGUGAUACGACCGCCCCCUGGAAGCUGCGACGAAAGAGGGAAGCGGCCGAAAUCAGAUCAAGAUCCGAAAACAGAACCGGAAUCAGGAUCAAGCUCGGAACCGGAACCGGAAUCGGAAACAGAUUCAGAAACGGAACGUGAAUUAGAAAAAGAACGGGACAGGGCGUUUGGUUGGCAAUCGAUUCCAUUAGAAGAUCUGGAGGUUAGUGAUCUGUCUAGUCGUUAUGAAGAUCACCCUUACCCUUUCGCUUAUAGCUGUCCCAAAUUUACGUACGUGAAUAAAGCCAUGAGAAAACAAGAAGAGGAUGGUAAAAAGGCCCUUGCUGAUUAUCGGGAGAGUUCUCGUAACAUAAGUCCCUAUGAUGUUACCGAUGUUCCAUCCUUUGGAAAUAUAUGCGGCAAUAACUUUCCCAGACCUGUUACCAUUACCGUUGAUCGGCGCCAGCAUUUCGUUCAUCUCUCCAAACUUGCAUUGGACAAAUACAACCAUGACAAUGAGGGUAUCAAAUAUGAGUUUGAAGAUGUUAUCAAGGCAACCAGGCAAUUUGUUCCUCUUAUUACUUAUUAUAUUACCUUUCAAGCAAAAACUAUACAUGAUGGAGUUGAAAACUGUCCUGCUGCUACAACUUUUCAAGCCCGGGUGUGGGACAGGACGCCUUCAUCGGAAUUGCCUGUGGUUGAGUCUUGUUCCAUUAAAACCUAA